AUGGGGCGCUGGACGCAGUACGACGAAGAUGAUUACAGGCUUCCAGAAGGCAUGAAGCGAGCUGGUUACGACGCCGACAGUGGGCGGUAUUAUUUCCGUGACCGUGAAGGAUUGGUGUACAAAGGGCCAGAGGGCUCUGAAUUCGGAGAACUCACGCUAGUGUCUGAAAUGCCUUCUUCCAUCCCUCAAGAAGUAGACGAAGACAGUGACCUGGAGGCUGCCCCCACUGGCACUGACGGUUAUCGCCUCUUGGCCCUGGAUGAGCACGGUACCCGCUACAAUCCGCGGGGUGGAGCAUAUCGUACACUUUUCCCAUUCUUUCUCAUCAUCGCCGUGGUCUUAUUACUGGUCUGGCGUCUCGUCCUGCUGCCAACACGCAUCGCUCCUGUUCCAUGCCCUUCAACGACCCUCUCCUACAUCGUGCAACCCGGAGACACUUGUUGGGAUAUCGCCAACAGCCACAAUUCCUCUCUAGACAAACUCCUUAUUGUCAAUCCCAAAGUGGACUGCGACAAGCUCUUGCCCGGUGACCGUGUGUGCGUGCCAGACGAAGGGAUGUCUAUCAGCGUCCGUUUCUAG